UAAAAUUUUGAAAUUUCAUCACAAAUAAUUUAAUUUCAUAAAAAAAGAAUACAAAAAAAAAUUGAAAAAAAAAAGAAAAGAAAAAGCCCGGAACCGCCGGUUUUGCGGCCCGGGAACCGCCAGUUCAGGGUCAGAAAACCGGCCCGUUACAUUUCAUCCGGGCCGGUUCAGGUUCACGGAAAUUUCGACCCUGAACCGGCGGCACCACUAGCCGCCCAACCCAAACCUUUCUCUUCUUCUUCUUCUUCUCUCACUCCUCUCUCUCAGCAACCGGACACACCAUCAUCUCUCUAGCCUCUCGUCGUCUGUCUCACUUCAUCUAUCUCUCCCCUUGCUAUACACACCAAAACAGAAACCCUCCUUCACGAAUUCCGGCGAGAUCCGCCAUUUAACGUCGCGCGUUUCUCCCCACUGAUUUCGCCACCUCGCAUGCUCCCCUUUCCAUUUUCUUUGGCCAGACAUUAAGUUGUUUCUUCUAAAAUUGGGGCGUGGCAUUUACCUUCUAUUCAAGUUCUCAUUUUUUUCAUUCUCUCAAGAAAAGACAACAUUUUGCAUAGGUAGAAAAAAGAGUGUUGUGGCUAAAGGAGAUGGUUAACUCAAAGGAGCCAAAGCGACGGGUUGCUUUUAUUCUAAUUGAUGGGGUGGGAGAUGUAUCACUGCCAAAGUUUGGUUACAAGACUCCCUUGCAAAUUGCCAAUAUACCUAAUUUGGAUGCAAUUGCAUCGGCUGGCGUCAACGGUCUAAUGGACCCCGUCGAAGUAGGCUUAGGCUGUGGAAGUGAUACUGCACAUCUGUCUCUACUCGGCUAUGAUCCUAGAACAUAUUAUCGAGGUCGAGGUGCAUUUGAGUCCAUGGGUGCAGGUUUAGCAAUGUCACCUGGAGAUAUCGCUUUUAAAUCCAACUUUGCAACUCUAGAUGAAAGUACCGGAGUAGUUACCAGUAGGAGGGCAGAUAGGCAUUUUGAGGAAGAAGGACCUGUUCUUUGCGCAGCACUGGAUGGACUCAAGCUGCCUUCUUUUCCUCAAUAUGAAGUUAGAGUCAGGUAUGCAACAGAGCAUAGAUGUGGUGUGGUUGUUAAAGGACCAAAAUUAAGUGGAAACAUAUCAGGGACAGAUCCAUUGAAGGAUAAUCGCCUGCUUUUACAAGCUCAACCUCUUGAUGGUUCUGAUGAAGCAAAGAAUACAGCUGCAGUUGUUAAUGAGCUAUCUAAAGAGAUAUCUCACAUUUUGGUUGGUCACCCUGUGAAUGCUAGAAGAGUUGCAGAAGGAAAGAAUAUAGCUAAUGUUGUCCUUUUACGAGGUUGUGGGAUUCGAAUUGAGGUCCCACCAUUUGAAAAGAUUCACGGUCUGCGGCCUUGUAUGGUUGCUCCUACCAAGAUCAUUGCUGGUUUGGGUUUGUCCCUUGGUAUUGAUAUUCUAGAAGCUCCAGGAGCAACAGGAGACUACAGAACCUUGCUAACCUCAAAAGCAACUGCAAUAGCCAGAGCCCUCUCAGCUCCUUCUAACGCAAGCCCCAAUGUCUUUGUACCUGGGGAAGAUGAACAUAAACCCGGCAGACCUGAUGGCUAUGACUUUGGAUUCCUUCACAUUAAGGCAAUAGAUGACGCCGGUCAUGAUAAAGCAAGUGUCUUCAAAGCCAAAGGCUUAGAAGCUGUUGAUAAAGCUAUAGGACAACUAGCUAAGCUCCUCUGGCAAACAGAGUCGACGGGGGCUUUCCAAUAUUACAUUUGUGUCACUGGAGAUCAUUCCACUCCAGUCGAAUACGGUGAUCACAGCUUUGAACCAGUCCCCUUCACACUGUGUCGUUUGAAAGACUUCAUCGGUGCUGUGGGUGGGGAAUCACAACUUUCUAAUAUCUCUCUCGACCCAUUUCCUCUUCCAACCAUUGAACCUAGUGAUGACUUAGCUGAUGCUGACAGAAGUGAAGAAGAGAAACAGGGAAAGCAGGGUCAGGCUUUUAGAGGUGACCAUGUUUACGAGUUCAAUGAGAUUGCAGCAGCCAGGGGAAUUCUCGGGCGAUUUACUGGUAGUGAAAUGAUGGGAAUCAUAAGAGCAUUUCUCAAGCUUUAAUAAUAGCUACUGCAUCCACUCUCAUUCGUCAGUAUUUCUUUUAACUUUGUGACAAGACCAACUAUGCUAGAAAAACACAACAGGGUUAGAAUUUGUUCUUGUCUAGUUGCUUUUGAGUUUUUUGUUGCGUGUUUGUUUCUGCAACUGCAUGUGUAUUUCGCUUUCACUCAUGCUGAAAGGAGUAACUCUAGUUUGCUCCUCGCACUUGGACACAUGUAAUAAUGGCGUUAAGUGAUAGAAACAUAUGUGUCCUUAGCUCCUAAGGUCGAGAUAAUAUGUAUCCUUACCAUUGUUACAGUGCUUUGUACUCUGUUUUGCAGUUGAUGAAUAAAGCGGAAAAUCGCAAAUA